AUGACAGAAAAACUUGAAAAUUUCAAUUCUAUACAACAAGAACCACCAGUUCCAUUAUCAGUCAGAAACCUUCCAUCUAAGCAAUAUCAAUCACAAUCAAAUAAUAAUAAAAAGAAAACUCCAUUACCAUCACAGACAUCAAAACCUCCGAAAAAUUCAGUUAAAAUAAAACCCAUUGAAAUUCCUACUCAUUUCAAAUGGGCUUUAAUUCUUACGAUAUUUUGUUUUUUUAUUGUUGGACCAUGUUGGGCACUCUAUAAAGCAUUUAAAUUACGUCGCAUGAUUCAACGACAAGAAUUAAAUGAUGCUGAACGUUUAUCAAAUAGAAUAUCAUCUGUUCUUAUAAUUUCAACUAUACUCGGAAUAUUUGCAUGGGUUGUAAUUUUAUUUUGUUCAGUUGGUAUUAUAUUAACUGGAAAAUUAUUAGAUGCUAAAAUUCUAUAG